AUGGCGAAGAAGGUGAGCGUCCCGCUGGACGAGCCCGCCAGGGCCAGGCUGUGCGGCGCCGGAGAUCGGCGGCGUGCCGGGUACGUCAGCAGCGGGAGCGAGCACGAGGCAGACUCGGAGUGCCUCGCGGGCCUCGUCCACGGCUUCAUGGAGGGAGACGACGACGUGGGGAGGUGGGACGAUGAAGAGGGCACGGAGGCGUGUGCGGACCUGGAUUUCUCUGACGGCGAAGCCGCCGUGGAUUUGGAGGAGCUCCUCAGGCCCCGGGGCGGCGAUCCCCUCAGGGCGGAGAUCGCCGGCAUCGUUUCGGAUGCGGUUGCGGGAGCGGCCGGGAUUGCCGGUGGCCGGCCGGCCCUGCGGAGAUCGGUGAUGGUCCGGCUGAGGGAGGCCGGGUUGAAUGCUGGGAUCUGCAAGGUCAAGUGGGAUAAAGCCGGCGGGUUGGCGGCUGGCAGCUACGAGUACGUCGACGUGCUGGUGGCGGGAGACGGGGACCAUGAGCAGCAGAGGUACGUCGUCGACGUGGACUUCGCCGGCGAGUUCGAGAUCGCUCGGCCGACGAGGCAGUACGACAUGAUCCUGGCCGCCCUGCCCCGGGUCCUCGUCUCCCGGCCGGAGGAACUCCGCCAGAUCGUGCGCACGGUGUCUCAGGCGGCAAAGAAAUCAAUGAAGGCGAAGGGCCUGCACCUUCCCCCGUGGCGGAAGAACCGAUACAUGCAGGCCAAAUGGUUCGGCCCCUACCGGAGGACCACCAACCCGGUCUCCUCCGCCUCGCCAGACGACGUCUCCUCCAUCGCCGCGAAGCACCGACCCGUCCUCGGAUUCGACUUCGGGAAAUGCCGCCCGGCGAUGCCCUUCAGGCCCGGCCUCGCCGCCGGUGCUGCGCUCAAGGCCGUGCCCUUCUAA